AAAGAAAACUUUAUAUAACAAACACCUUUCAUUGCCAUGAUUAAUAGAGCUAGACAGAAACAGGAAGGCCUUGAGAGCAAGAAGAAUUUAUAUAUGCCUCUCACAAAGGAGGCAACAACUCCUAUCCACCAUCGCUUCCUGCUUCCUCUACUCACAUGCUCUCUCAUCACUUUGAUUCAACACUCGAACUCAUAUAGUUCACACACUUGCCUAACCUAACAACCUAACCUAAUCCCUGUGUUGCCUCUAGUCCAGUUCAUAUAUACUUGAAGCACUUUGGAGUUACCUACCUUAGCAUAACUGCAUAGCUGAGCUGCUUCAGCUAUGAUACGCAACAUGGCAAGCUCCGGUACCAGCAGCCGGGGCAUCGCGGCCAUUGUGGGCGUUGGACCAAAUCUAGGUCGGUCAAUCGCCCGCAAGUUCGCCCACGAAGGCUACACGGUGGCCAUUCUUUCCCGUGAUCUUGGCAGACUGUCGAAAUUUGCUGACGAAAUAGCGAGGGAGGAGAAAUCUCAAGUGUUUGCCAUAAGAAUCGACUGCUCUGAGUCUCGCAGCGUGAGGGAGGCCUUUGAGGGUGUUCUUUCUCUUGGCUUUGUUGAGGUGCUGGUCUAUAAUGCUUACCAGCCGGUUUCUUGGAACCCCUCAAAGUUCUCCGACAUUCGGAUCGACUCCCUAGAGAAGUCCCUUGCCGUUUCUUCUGUCGGAGCCUUUCACUGCGCUCAACAGGUUCUUCCUGGUAUGAUUGAAAGGGGAAGGGGGACGAUUUUGUUCACCGGAUGUUCGGCUUCACUUAAAGGCAUUGCUGGCUACUCUGAACUAUGCUGUGGGAAAUUUGCACUGAGAGCGCUAUCACAAUGUUUGUCCAUGGAGUUCCAACCUUAUGGUGUACACAUUGCCCAUGUUAUUGUUGACGGUAUCGUCGGACCGCCUAGGGGCGGCACAUCAUCAAAUUCGAGUUCAAGAAUUGCCGGAGUAGGAAGUGGCGGAGAUGGGUCAUUGGACCCGGACGCGGUGGCUCAAACCUACUGGCACUUGCACAUUCAAGACCGGAGCGCUUGGACCCAAGAAAUCGACCUCCGUCCUUCAAUACCUCCCAGAUAUUGCUAGCUCUUCAAUCAUUCAAAGUCUCCAUGAAUCCACAAAAGGUCCCCAAAUGCUUAAGUUUGUGUAAUUCAUAUCAUCAUUGGUUCAUUAUUAUCAUCAUUACUAGCCCUUCCCCAAUUGCUUUCAUUGCAUCAUUAUUACAAAACAACUUGGCCUACUAGGGUCAUUCCACUGCUCGACUCCAAUUCUCAUCAAUGCCGGCCACCAAUCUUGUCUCCAUUAGCUCGUAAAUGUAUGAAAUUUCUUGUAUAAAUACGAACCAUGUAUAUAUACAAGUAUACAACGUUCAUGAUCUCACAAUCACUUAUCACGUCAUCGACAAGGAAAGCAUACCAGUGAAGGCUCUACCACGACUUUAUCCACAGAGGACCCUCCAAGUAAUCAGUAGUUCAGUACAUGCAUUUAGAAGUUUGCGAGGCUCAGGUCUCAGUCUACCUCGUCAAGUUGCCAAGAAUUCAUCGUCUGGUUAAGAUCAGAGUGGGGCUAGAAUACAUGCAUCAUUGUUCUUCUUUCGUUCAUAUAUUUUCUUUUUCGAUUCUCA